AUAAUCCGGCCCUGUACGUUACCUGACACGACCAGCUUCUUUCCUUAUCGCUUCUAUUAUGGUAUUCCUUCGAAGAUAUGUUGUAUAGACAUUCGUACUCAACCAGUUUUUCUUCCAUACCGGUUGUCCAAUGUGCUUUUAUGUUGCAAACGUUUUUUGACGCCAUUUCGCCGCUUGUUUACAAUCGCCUGACACAGUCUCCAAGGAAACAGAGAUGUCAUUGGUCGCAAAUAUUACGCUGCCUUCACGUGCUCUCAGCGCUAUUGUAAAGAUGACUUUCCUUGAAAAAAAGGAAAGUCACCAGUUCGAAACUUGAAUGUGAUUUGCUCGUAAUCACUACUUCAGAAGUGGGAAUUAUCAAAUUUGAGAAGAAUCUUUGUAAGGAGGACUGGCAAUGACUGUUUCUAAAAUUCUAAGACUAGAAUCUUUAGACGCAGCACACUGCACGAUUUUAAGCACCAACUGUAAACACCGACUGAACGCAACUGGCUCUGACUCGAUUGGACAUGAUCAGUCAGUUGCAGUAGAUUCAUCUUAAAUGUUGUGUGGAGGGAAGCUGAUUCAUUAAGGUGUUUUAAUCACAACAACAUGAAGAUCAUUCAACUUCAGCUCUAUGUCUUAAUCUGUUGUCAAGCAGCAGUAGCAGAUCAACUAACUGAUUUGGGAUCAAAUGUGUCCAUAAACUGUGAUCUUGAUGAAAAUGAGGUUUAUUGGAUUUUACUGAAAACACCAGAUCCUCCAACAGUGAUUCUACGAUCAUUACAAACACCACUACCACCUUUUUACCCUAAUAAAACAUUCAGAAAGAAAUAUUCAGUGCAAUUUAAACAUUGUCUAGUUAUAAAUAAUGUGACUGUUGAUGAAUUAGGAGUUUAUUACUGUAUGAACACUGAUACACCUCCAAAAUUCAGCAACGGCUCCAGAUUGUACUUCAACGAAUCAACUCGACUAACUGAGUGUCACAAUCAUACAGUGAUUCAGUCUACUCAUCAGAAUCAAACACAAUGUCAGAUUAUUAUCACCAUAUCUAGUCUGAUGAUCGGACUUCUGCUCAUUGUGCUGAUCGGACUAUUAAAAGUUAUUGUUGUUGGAAACAGAAGGUCUGCAGAAGAAUCACAACUCUACACUGAUCUACAGCAGAUGCAAGUUAUACAGAAUCAGGAGUUAUUGCAGUACACUGAGGUGAAUUUUACCUGCGUAAAAAUAUUUACCCAGCCCAGCCAAAUCAACAGGACCCAUUCUGCUCUAAAGCUGCUGAAGUCAUAAACACUUGAGCAUGACUGAGCUCACUUAUAUUGUACAUUGCAUGAUCAUUAACUUUUUCAGGAUUUUAUUAACCGAUGUCUUUAUGACUUCUGAUAUCUUGAAUUCCAAGUAUGUUGUUGUUUUACCACACUGUAAAAAAAAAAAAAAUAAUUAGCUAAUUCGAAAAAAUAAAGGCAACCCCAAAUCACAUUCAAAUUGAACACAUUCACAUGAACUUAAAAAUUCAAAGGCAAUUAAAGAAUGUUUAUCAUUUAGUAAUGUAAAGAGUUACAAUUGUUCUUUCAUCUCCAAGUUUGUUUCAAAGCUAACUACUUGAACUCACAGCUCAUGUUACAAUUUCUGUUUUAUGUGUACAGUCUAUAAUAUAUUUCCUUUGUGUGUCUCUGCCAUUUUACUAUGAAAAAAAAAUGAGAGUAAGGGUCCAUAAUGUUACAGUCACCGCCAUGUCCUGUUUUCGUGUUCCUUUGUUUUAGUUUCCCGCCACUAUCAGUCAUCAUGGACACUUAUUGAACCACGCCCCCUUGUUAUCUUAAGCUUGUUUGUAUCAGUGUAUUUAAGUUCCUGUCUGUGUUCUGUUCUUUGUCGGGUGUAUGCCCUGUUCUGGAUUCUGUGGUUCUCCCUGUGGAUUAUCAAGUAAAGACUUAUUAUACGUUACUCUUCCUCGUCGUGUGUUUGCUGUACCAGCAUCCUGUAACACAUAAGGAUAAUACAGUAAAAAUGCUAAAAAAAAAAGGCUUUUGUUAGGGUAGUACAUCAUAUUUUAAGGCCUUAUGUCCACUUUAACAAAUUCUGUGGCACCACAUUUCUUUUUUGGAAAGAAAUCAAUACUUUUAUUCAG